AUGUGUAUCAGAUUUGAAGAAGGGCUUAAUGAUGAGAUUAUAAUGAUGAUAGGGGGCACUGAGAUACGGGAAUUUAUUGUUUUAUCAGAUCCUUUACCAGUGAAGAAAUCUAAAGAGAAAUUUAGUCAAGCCACUUCAGCACUGGAAAGAUCAGGAAAGAGUAGACCAAGACAAUCUGAUUAUAAGGUAUCUGACAGACCUGCUGUUAGUGUGGAAGAAGUGAAACAGAAAGAGAAACAGAAAACUCCUCCUCAAAAAGGAAGACGCUCUGGUCAGAGCAAUGCUACAGGGGCUACUCGUUCAGGUAUGAAAGAUACUGCUAGUCGAUCAGAAGUUAGGGCUCCUGCUCAUACUUAUGCCAUUCGAGCAAGAGAAGAAGCAACAGCUCCGGAUGUAAUUGCUGACCCUGGGUCUACUCAUUCAUGUAUUUUUACUAUGUUAACAUCUAAAAAGAAUCUAUGUGUUAAGCCUACUGAUUAUGAUGUACAAGUUGCAAAUCCAUUAGGACAAAGUGUGGUAGUUAAUUUAAUAUGCCAUAACUGUUCACUGAAAGUUAAGGGCUGUGAUUUCCCCACUGAUUUGAUGUUGCUACCCUUUCGGGAAUUUGACAUUAUCUUGGGAAUAGACUGGUUAAUGAAACAUGAUGCGAAAUUGUUGCGUAAAGGAAAUGAGGCUUAUUCAGCCUAUGUUCUUGAUGCUCGAAGUUCUGAAUCAAAGUUAGAGCAAUUAUUUGUUGUGAAUGAAUUCAUGGAUCUAUUUCCUGAAGAAUUACCAGGCUUACCACCCGAUAGAGAGGUUGAGUUUGUGAUAGAUAUGCUUCCAGGAAUAGCUCCCAUAUCAAUGACACCGUAUAGAAUGGCUCCAGCUGAAUUAAAAGAGUUGAAAACGUAG